AUGGCCUCCUGUGACGACGAUUUUUCCCUUCUCGACGACCACCAAAACCCUGAUUCCACCCAACCUUCCGCCACCAUCCAAACGCCGCCGUUUAGUGUCAAUCCUUACGACCAAGACUCCGAUCCGUUCGAUUCCGAACCGGAUCCGAGCUCCCGAUCCGGUAAACGAGCUGCCGAGCGCGAUGAAAUCAGCAACGGCGUUUCGAAAAGGACAAGACUACACUCCGCCUCCUCUUCCGCUGGUGACUACAGGAAGGACAGAGAAGAAUGGAGUGACACGGCCAUCGCGUGCUUGUUGGAGGCGUAUACUGAUAAGUUUGUGCAGUUGAAUAGGGGAAAUUUGAGGGGAAGGGACUGGGAGGAGGUGGCGGCGACGGUUAGCGAGAGAUGCGAUAAGCAGAGCAAGAGCGUGGAGCAGUGUAAGAACAAGGUGGAUAAUUUGAAAAAGCGAUACAAAUUGGAGAGGCAUCGGUUGAGCAACGGCGGCUUACCGGCGAGUCACUGGCCGUGGUUCCAGCAGAUGGAGCAAAUUGUUGGGAACAGUAUUGCGGCUAAAGCUGCUGCAGAUGAGGAAAAGAACUCCCCUGUGAAAAGCCCUGUGACCAUUUGUGGUGAUAUUCAUGGGCAAUUCCAUGAUCUUGCUGAGCUUUUUAAGAUUGGUGGAAAGUGUCCAGAUACAAACUAUUUGUUUAUGGGAGAUUAUGUUGAUCGUGGGUACUAUUCAGUUGAAACGGUAACGCUCUUGGUGGCUCUAAAAGUGCGUUAUCCUCAACGAAUUACUAUUCUACGAGGAAAUCAUGAAAGUCGCCAGAUUACUCAAGUUUAUGGAUUUUAUGAUGAAUGCCUAAGAAAAUAUGGUAAUGCCAAUAUCUGGAAGAUCUUUACAGAUUUAUUUGACUAUUUCCCUCUUACCGCAUUGGUUGAAUCAGAAAUCUUUUGCCUGCAUGGUGGAUUGUCACCAUCCAUUGAAACUCUGGAUAAUAUUCGUAAUUUUGACCGUGUGCAAGAAGUUCCCCACGAGGGCCCCAUGUGUGAUCUUUUAUGGUCUGAUCCUGAUGAUCGUUGCGGUUGGGGUAUCUCACCCAGGGGUGCUGGAUAUACAUUUGGUCAAGACAUAUCAGAGCAGUUUAACCACGCAAACAAUUUGAAGCUUAUUGCAAGAGCUCACCAGCUGGUUAUGGAGGGAUUUAACUGGGCUCAUGAUCAAAAGGUGGUUACCAUAUUCAGUGCACCAAAUUAUUGUUAUCGAUGUGGGAACAUGGCAUCUAUCCUUGAAGUCGAUGAUUGCCAAGGGCACACAUUCAUUCAGUUUGACCCAGCUCCUAGAAGGGGUGAGCCAGAUGUAACCCGCAGAACACCAGAUUACUUCCUUUGA